AGUUCUGCCCCGUGCUGAGAUGGGGCUGUCCCAGCUAUGGCUGUGGCUGAAGCGGCUUGUGAUAUUCCUGCAGGUAGCCUUGGAGGUGGCUACGGGCAAGGUGCUAAUGACACUGUUCCCAGAGAGAGUCAAGCAGAACAUCCUGGCCAUGGGCCAAAAGACCGGAAUGACCAGGAAUCCCCGAUUCGCCCCUGACAACUGGGUCCCCACCUUCUUCAGCAUCCAGUACUUCUGGUUCGUCCUGAAGGUCCGCUGGCAGAGACUGGAAGACAGGGCUGAGUAUGGGGGGCUGGCCCCCAACUGCACCGUGGUCCGCCUCUCAGGACAGAAGUGCAACGUCUGGGAUUUCAUUCAAGGCAGCAGACCCCUGGUGUUGAACUUCGGCAGCUGCACCUGACCUUCAUUUCUUCUCAAAUUUGACCAGUUCAAGAGACUCGUAGACGACUUUGCCUCCACAGCUGACUUCCUCAUCAUUUACAUUGAAGAAGCUCACGCCACAGAUGGAUGGGCUUUUAAGAACAACGUGGACAUCAGGCAGCACCGAAGCCUCCAGGACCGCCUGCGGGCAGCACAUCUGCUGCUGGCCAGGAGCCCCCAGUGUCCUGUGGUGGUGGACACAAUGCAGAACCAGAGCAGCCAGCUCUAUGCAGCUCUGCCUGAGAGGCUCUAUGUGAUACAGGAAGGCAGGAUCUGCUACAAGGGUAAACCUGGCCCUUGGAACUACAAUCCUGAGGAAGUCCGAGCUGUUCUGGAAAAGCUUUGCAUCCCACCUGGACACAUGCCUCAGUUCUAGGGGGCCAGCAGGAAGGUCCCCCAAGCUUGGUACUCCUCCCCACCAGUACAGAUGUCCUUUAGCUUUGACCUUCGUUCCCAGAUCAAUUACUAGCUCAGAUUUUUCUGAUCUGAACAAAUAACUACCCGGGAGGCAAUUCAGUUCACAGCACCCAACCAGCACAAAUUGUUACAACCAGAGAUAAAGCAAUACCGAGCUGUUAGCAAAAGUAAGUGUGCAGCUUUGCACCACUCCCACAGCGGAGACCAAUCCAGUGUGUGCCCCUUCUGGUGGAAGGGUACUCAUGCUUGGUUGGCUGACUUCUGAAGUGUAGUGACUCAUGAUGAUGACGUCAAAAGCUCAAUCCAUUUGCCCAAGUUUGCCACUCAUAGAAUCAGUUGUUUAGUACCAAGCGACAGGCAGGCGUAUUUCUACUUGUAGGAACCAAAGACAUUGGAAACACUUUUCUGGCCCUAAGAUUGAAAUCCGUUAAUAUUGUUGGUGAUAGGUGUUUCCAUGGCAACCUAUAAUCUAAUUCUGCUCCCUCUGCCAUCUUUGAAUAGAUUGCAGAGAAAUCUGGCUCUCUGGUACUGACACAAAAGCUUUAUAACUUUAACUAAACCAAAUCACAGGCGCCAGCAAAAGCUGCCAUUCCCCUGCUGUAACUCUGUUCCACUGGCGCCCAGUCUCUUACUGGUCUUUCAUGUUAGAUGGCUUUGGACUGACGGGUAGCCAUGGGUUCAUCUGUCAUGUCUGCUUCUUUUUAUAUUUGUUUAUGAUGGUCACAGUGUAAAGUUCACACAGCUGUGACUUGAUUUUUAAAAAUGUCGGAAGAUGCAGCAAGCUAACGAUUAAAAUCCAUCAGGCUAAUUUUGAAUGGCUCCGGUGUGAUCCUUACAAUUUCCUUUCUGACUUGUGUAUGUGGGCCUGCUCUGCCGUCUUUUCCGAUAGCCCACGUGUAAUGUAAUCAGCUAAGGCAUCGUUUGCUGGAGGGACCCCGUCCUGGAGGAAGAAGCUCGUAUGUGGCACGCAUCCAACAUGUUGUCCUGUGAAGUGUUGUGGAAGGGACGUGGCUGUUCACGUCACAGCAAAGCACCUUUAGGGGUGAUGUGUGAAUGGACCUGGGGAGCAUUCUCCAGCAUCCAAACAGUUCCUCCUUGGCUCUGCCUUAGGGGCUACACCCAAUACUGUAACAUUGCAUUUAUGUAUGGAUUUAGGUGAGUCAGGAUCUAGCUAUAAAGUCGAGAGUGGCUGUGAACUUACAAUCUUCAGACUCAGAGUAGCUGGGAUUCCAGGUCUGUCCCCCUAUAUAAAAAAUGUUUU